AUGGCUUUGGCUCAGCAAUCUGCGUCACUGGCAUUGGACGGAGGCGAUCCACGACUCAAUGCUGGCGAUGUUGUGCCGGCCAAGAACUUUUCGCGCCGCGAUGUGAGCUUCGAGGAGUACAUGUACUACGCGGCCAUUACGCGCGCCGAGGAAAAGGUGGCAAAUGAGAAAUUCAUACAAGCUCGUGGACCGAGAUCUCUCAAGACUAUUGUUCAAGCAAGAUUCUCCAAAGGGCAUACUGGAGCUCUUCCCGCCACUCCGAAUGAGAGCGCUGGGGAAAAGUCGGAAAAUGAUAAUACAGUAACGAGAUCUGUCCAGACGCGCCAAUAUGUUACACCAGAGGAGGAAAAGACGGCCAGCAGAGCUGUCAGGACCGCCGGCUGGGGCACCAUCUUCUACCUCAUCACAACCGACAUUCUAGGACCUACAAGUGCACCGUGGGCAUUUGCACAGAUGGGUUAUGGCCCUGCAUUUGCCCUAUAUACUGUCUUUGGGCUGCUUUCAUACUAUUCUGGUUGGGUCAUUUGGAAGGUGUUCCUAGGCCUCGACUCGGAUAGAUAUCCUCUCCGUGGGUAUGGGGACUUUUUCUAUCGAUUGUUUGGUCCUCCCGCACGUCACUUUGUCAAUGUCACCCUCUCGCUCCAGCUGCUCCUCGUGGUCUCUGUCCUCAUUCUGCUGAAUGGACAGAGCAUCUCUCAGAUCAGUCGAGGGCCCGUUGGAGACCGAACUGGUUUGUGCUUCGUGGUGUGCCUUCUGAUCUACAUGGUCGUCGGCUUCCUUCUGGGGCAGAUUAGAACACUGCAACGUCUUGGCUGGCUUGCAAAUGCUGCGGUUUGGAUGACUGUGGGCAUGAUUCUUCUAUGCAUGGGCACGGUGGGCUAUGGGCCCAAUUACGCCGCAGUCGAGGCAUCUUUUGGCCUAGAACGAGCUCCGAUCCGGACUUUUGCUGGCACUCCACCAGCAGGAUAUACCAGCGGAACCGGAUUUGUCGCUAGUCUGAAUGGACUCAACGCUGCUGUCUUUGCUUAUGGCGGUUGCAUGUUAUUCGCUGCAUUGCUAGCGGAGAUGAGACAUCCCAUGGACUUCUGGAAAGGUCUACUCAUUGCGCAAAUUUUCAUCUACGCAGCAUAUGUCUUCUUUGGCGCCUUCAUGUAUUCCUUCCAGGGCCAAUUCGCCUACAACCCAAGCCAGCAAGGAAUCGUACUAUACAGCGCCCAGACGGCUGCCAAUAUCCUGUCUAUCCUCAGUGCAUUGAUUGCUUCCGUGCUGUACAGCAACAUAGGGCUCAAAGUAGUCUACAUUGAAAUUUUUCAUGAGCUGCUGGGGUUUCCGCCCUUGACGACACGUCGAGGAAAGUUAUGGUGGGCUUUUCUGAUCCCAGUGUACUGGAUUCUUGCCUUUAUCAUAGCUUCUGCUGUGCCGGCCUUUUCCUAUGUUGUCGGUCUUCAAUCCGCCUUAUUCACACUGUCAUUUACCUAUACGCUCCCGGCCUGUGUGGCGCUCGGCUAUUGGGUUCGCAAAGAUGCCAUGGUAGAGGGCGAAGAACGGUUCGAUCCAUCCACCAGGACGUAUAACUACGUCGACCGUGGGUUUGCUCGAUUGAGACGAGGGUUCAUGAAGAAGCCCUUGUUCAACCUGGCCAAUAUCAUCUAUAUUCUUGGCGCAACCGUCACCUGCGGUCUCGGAUGUUAUAGCGCCAUUGUGAGCUUGAUAGACGCUUUCGCGCGCGGGAGUGCUAAUAGUCUGAGUUGUGUCCCUCCGCUGUAG